AUGAGACGCGAGGACGAGACGGACGAAACCUCAGUUUUCAGACGGGUUGUGUUGAAGAACGCUUCGCCGUACCACUACAUGAAAAUCUGCCUGUAAGUAUAUGUAAGCUAUUUUUUUCAUCCAUCAUCUUGUACUUAAAGCUAAAAUAUACGAACAAUAUAAAUGUGUAUUUAUAAAACAUUCUGCGUGUGUCCUUCCUCAAACCUGGAUUUUCAUCAUACGUGUUUCUCUGUGUGCUCAGUGUGCUGGACGAUGAAUCCACGAAACUGAGCGCAGUCGACUUAAAGCUAUUCAUCCUCACAGGUCUAAAGAAUCUCUUUGGAGAGGUGAGGCUUUUAAAACAGUAGUAUUUAAUUAAAUUUCAACUUAAGAUCUUAUAUAUUCAGUUUUUAACUGUUUUCUUUCAAACAUAAAGUGACUGAUUACAUUUAACUGUCUUGAUUUAAAAAAAAGUGGCUUUUUAUGGUGAAACUGAGACAAAGACCCGUUUUAGUCUGAUAGGUCACCAGGUUAGGCUCUGAUCAGAUACUCAUCUGCAAAGUUAGAAGUGAACGUAGACACGACAGCCUGUGGUUUCAGGAUGUAUGUAGACGGGUAAAUAUUCACAGACUGUGUCAAAGUAAAGCGAAUAAACAAAAACAUUCAGUUUUCAUUCAUUCAUGUAUUUCAGGUGGGAGCGGCUAUAAGCUUCGACCUGUUGAAGUACGAUGAGGACACCCUCUCUGGUCUUCUUCGUGUCCCAAGCAGGUGAGACCUGAAACAGCAGCAACAUCAGGAGACUUCCAGUCCUCCUUCCAGGUUUUUCUCUCACAUGUGUCUGUGUGUUUUCAGGAGUUUGGUGAAGCUGUGGAGCUCUCUGACUCUGCUAGGCUUCUACCAGAACCAGGCCUGUGCCUUCAGAGUCCUGCAGGUCAGAAAAUUUCACUGCUGAAGCCUCUUUGUUUGAGAGUCACGGCUUCACUGUGUCACAUAUGUAGAGACUGUGAAAACGAUUGUGUAAAGGAGACUGUCUUUCUCUCUCUGAUGUGGUCCUCAGGUGUCUCCAUACCUGCUCUCGCUGACAGGAAACAGUCGUGAGCUGAAGCUGGACUGA